AUGGCAGUGCUUGCAGGAGCCUGGAUAGCUUUUAUUAUAAUUAUUGGUGUAAACUAUCGUGAAAGCGAACUUUUGGCUACAACGGUCACAAUUUGUUCUUUAACACUAUGUUUGAGUGCAAUAGCAUUAUUUCCCGUAGAUAUAUUCCUAGUAUCUUCAACGGUUAAUCUAAAUACUGGGUUAAGGCAUGAAUGGGCUACUAAAGAUGAAGUUCACCAAAUUUUAUAUGAAUUAAAGAGUGUUUAUUAUGCAAUGUAUGGAUCGAUUGCUAUAUUCUGCGCAUUCGUGAUUCCAUUCGCUUAUUUCUAUUAUGAGGAAUAUGAUGAGAGUGAAACGAUUCAACAGCGCAUUACAAGUGCCUUAAAAUAUACUGGAUUUUUUGUGGCUUUCCUGUUGAUUUGUUUCGCAUUUGGAAUUGUUCUAAAUCCCAAAGAGAAAAAAGUCCCACUUGAUCUGGACUUUUUCAAAAAAUUCUUGACCGAUCAUCCUAUUCUUAUGAUACUUGGGAUGAUUAUUUUUAUCGUAUACACCGCUCCCGGACUCUCAUUACUUCCAAUUAGAAUGAUUAAAGGGGCAAAUGACACUGGUCCAUCGGAUGCAGAACUUGAAGAUUAUCUCAGAUUGAAUCGUGAAAAGCAAAGAGUUAUAAAGGCGAAAUAUGAAGAUCCUAAUAAUCAAAUGAUUAGGAAAGAUGCACAACAAUUGGAAAACUUGCUCACCGAAGAAAAGAUAUUGAUUCGACGGUUGCGAGAGUAUGAAGCAAAUAAGAACGGAAUAUUAAACAAGAUUCUUAUGAUUUUUAGACCAUUCGAAUUUUUGGGUGGCAUUAUGUUUUUAUUAUUGACUAUAAUAAUUUUCCUUUCGAUGUUUUUAACUUGUAUUGAUAAAGUCAAGAAUUCUAUUUGCGGAACUAAUUGUGGCUUUAUAAUUAAUCAUCCUGACAUAUUUAAUCCACUCAACUUUAUUUUUAUUGAAGCAUCAUACUAUUUUCCCAUGGACUACUUGUUUAUGGUUUUGCUUAUCCUUUACUUCUUCCUUAGCAGUGUAGCUGGUGUUGUAUUUAUAGGUGUUCGAUUUUUGUGGAUUACACUUUAUAAAAUUCGCAAAAAUGCCACACCACCCCAAGGACUGCUUUUGACUUGCUUGCUGUUAAUGUUGAGUUUAUUAGCGUUAAACUAUACAAUAACAAUGUGUAAUCAUACUGUCGAUAAUGUUACAGAUUGUAGUGAUUAUCCAAGUUUGAUUAUUCCUUGUGAUAUUGAGGGACCAACAGAUAUUUGCACUCCUACAGCAAUAUCAACAUUUAUUCAUCGCAUUACACUCAACACCCCAUUCUUUGGUGUGGUGUUUUACUAUGCGCAAUGGGCAUUUUUAAUUAUACUAGGGCUUGGAUUUGUUUAUUCAACAAUUAGGCCACAUAGUUAUAUAUCUCUUGAUGAUUAUGAUGAAGAAGCAGAUGAGAGUGAAAGACUACUGAAUGCUAAUUAG